CCCCGAGAAUGUCUGCGAGUCAAGAGAGCCGAUCCAGAGACAAUGGCCCCGAAGGCAUGGAUCCUGAUGGUGUCAUUGAGAGCAAUUGGAAUGAGAUUGUUGACAGCUUCGAUGACAUGAACUUGUCUGAGUCUCUUCUGCGAGGAAUCUAUGCUUAUGGUUUCGAGAAGCCUUCUGCAAUCCAGCAGCGAGCCAUUCUCCCUUGUAUCAAGGGUUACGAUGUGAUUGCUCAAGCCCAGUCUGGAACUGGGAAAACAGCCACGUUUGCUAUUUCCAUCUUGCAGCAGGUUGAGCUUGACCUGAAGGCCACCCAGGCACUUGUUCUGGCCCCCACGAGAGAGCUGGCUCAGCAGAUCCAGAAGGUGGUGAUGGCCUUGGGAGACUACAUGGGGGCGUCCUGCCACGCCUGCAUAGGUGGGACGAACGUCCGUGCCGAGGUUCAGAAACUGCAAAUGGAAGCCCCCCACAUCAUCGUUGGAACCCCAGGCAGGGUGUUUGACAUGCUGAACAGGAGGUACCUGUCCCCCAAGUUCAUUAAGAUGUUUGUGUUGGACGAGGCAGACGAGAUGCUGAGCCGGGGGUUCAAGGACCAGAUCUAUGACAUAUUCCAGAAACUGAGUGGGAACACACAGGUGGUGCUGCUGUCUGCCACCAUGCCCAUGGACGUCCUGGAAGUGACCAAGAAGUUCAUGAGGGACCCAAUCCGAAUCCUGGUGAAAAAAGAGGAGCUGACCUUGGAGGGGAUUAGGCAGUUCUACAUAAACGUGGAGAGGGAGGAGUGGAAGCUGGAUACGCUGUGUGACCUUUACGAGACCCUCACCAUCACGCAAGCAGUCAUCUUCAUCAACACCCGGAGGAAGGUGGAUUGGCUCACGGAGAAGAUGCAUGCCCGGGACUUCACUGUCUCGGCUAUGCAUGGAGACAUGGACCAAAAGGAGAGAGAUGUGAUCAUGCGGGAGUUCCGCUCUGGCUCCAGCCGCGUCUUGAUCACUACAGACUUGCUGGCUCGUGGAAUUGAUGUCCAACAGGUAUCCCUAGUUAUCAACUAUGACCUGCCAACCAACCGUGAGAACUACAUCCACAGGAUUGGCCGAGGGGGCCGUUUUGGCAGAAAAGGCGUGGCAAUUAACAUGGUGACAGAAGAAGACAAGCGCACCCUUCGCGACAUUGAGACGUUCUACAACACCUCUAUCGAGGAGAUGCCCCUGAACGUGGCUGACCUCAUCUGAGCUGCCUCUUGGGGGUCUGAUGUGCCCAUUACCCCCAUUGGGCCCAGAAUCCCCCCUUUUCUAUUUUUUGAGUUUUCUUGCCUUUUGAAUAAAUGUCACUUUUUUGGAGGCAAAAUGAAACCUUUUUAGUGUUUUUCCUGGCGCUUUUUCUGUCUCUCUGCCCCUCUUCUUUGUGACUUCAUCUUGUAGUUCAGUUGUCCAAGCAGCCCCUAAAUCUGGAGCCCAGGUGCCCUUUGAGGUCAGAUUGGGAAGUUUGGGGUCUCCUGGCAUCCAGUCUUUUCUCCUCUUGGCUGGGUUGCCCCCCAUAACGAGAGAUUUUGUAGUCUUUGGAAUUGACCUUUGCCGGAAUUGUGGUGCUAAAAAAAAAAAAGCUUGAGAAUCCAAAACCUACCUCACCAAGAGUCAUGGUUUUCUUCUCUCCCUGCCUAAAAUCAGUGGUUCAAACAAAUUGCCAAGAUUGCUUUCUCCAUAUGAAACUAGACUUUUCCCACCAUGCUUUUUUUUU